AUGAUGAUGGCCACCGAGGAGCUUAUGGACGUCAACAGCAAAUACGUGAUCGGAGACAAGGAGAUUGGGAGCGGGCACUAUGGAGUCGUACGAACCUGUACUAGCCGAGCUACUGGAGAAGAGUUCGCCAUUAAAACCAUCAAGAAGAGCAAGUGCCAAGUCGCCUGCCGAAUAGAUUGGUAUCCCUUUCGGCAGGUGCCUCGAUUGGUUCUGCUGAAGAGAGAGAUCGAAAUCCUCCGGGCGGUGGACCACCCUACUUUGAUUCGGCUCGAGGAUGUCUACGAAGACGACGUCAAUUUGCAUCUAGUGACUGAACUGUGCACGGGGGGGGAACUGUUCGAUCGGAUAAUUCUGAAGACGGAGUCGCAGGAGGGCCACUACAGCGAACGGGAUGCUGCCAACAUCGUUAUCAAGAUCAUUGGGGCGAUCGAGUAUUGCCACAACGAGCACAACAUAUGCCAUCGAGAUCUCAAGCCAGAGAACUUCCUGUUCAAGACGAAGGACGACCAGGCCGAUCUGAAGAUUAUCGACUUCGGUCUGUCCAGGUUUGAGGACGGGUCCGAGGCGAUGACAACCAGGGUUGGGACGCCGUACUACAUUGCGCCCGAAGUUCUGUCCAAGAAGUACGACAAGGCCUGCGACCUGUGGUCCAUCGGGGUGAUCAUGUUCAUCCUCCUGUGCGGUUACCCACCCUUCCAUGGCGCCAACGACGCCGAGAUCUUCAAAGCCGUGCAGCGUGUCGACUACCGCUUCCUCAGCCCCGAGUGGGAUAGCGUGUCCGACGACGCCAAGGACCUCAUCAGGAAGCUGCUCGUCAAGGACCCCACGGCACGUCUGACCGCAAGUCAGGCGCUCGUCCACCCGUGGUUCGAAAAGGUAAUGAGCGGCGAUGCGGCGGCUCAAACGUUGCGGGAUAGCGCAUUACGAUUGAACCAUCGGCUGCGAAGGUUUGCCGGCGCCAAUGCCCUCAAGAAGAUCGCCCUCAACGUCAUCGCAGAGGAUGUUGGGGGCGCGGAUGAGGGUCACCUUCGCAAGGUUUUCAACUCUUUGGAUUUGAACGGGGAUGGAGAAAUCACGGUGGACGAGCUCCAGCAGGUGAUUGCUUCGGAAGGAAUGGUGGGGAUGCAGGCAGAGGUGCUGGAGUUGCUCAACUCCAUGGACAAGAAAUUGGACUACCGAAAUUUCCUUGCUGCCACGAUGGAAAAGGGAAUCUUUCUUCGUCGAGAAAACUUGAGAAAGGCCUUCGACCACUUCGAUUUGCAGGGGACGGGAAGCAUCAACAAAUCAGACCUGAUGGAGGCGUUGGGAUCCGAGGACUGCGCACGGACAAUGCUUGAAGACAUCGACAUGGACCACGAUGGGCAGAUUAGCUUCGACGAGUUCUCAGAGAUGAUGCGACGGCUCUAA